AUGGAACAGGUGCAAUUCAGUGGCUGUAAGUCCCCUCGACCGUUUUUUGUCUGCUUCCUGCCAUCACUAACACCACCACUACCACCACCGCUUUUUCGUCCCCUCCAAUUUGGCUGCCUGGCCGGUCAGACAGCAUUGACAAUCAUCGAUCAUUUUGAUGAAGGCUCGAUGGGUUUCCCUUAA